AUGGUCGACGUAGUACGCACAAAGUCGAACCUCUUCCGCCCAUCACAUCGCGCUUCGCCGUCCGUCGAAGCCAACAAUGCAGCGCAAAUGGCGGUAGCCAUGCCUCGCCCAGCUCGGGGCGUCGGUCAGUCCGCCUCAGACGCCGCUUCAGCUGCCGAGUUUGCGUCCAAGAAAUACGUCUGGAUUCCGGAUGCCAACGUAGGCUACGUUUCCGCAUGGGUCAUCAAGGAGGAAGGAGAGCAUUCCCUUUGCGCCUUGCAAGAUGGAUCCAACCGUACCGUCCCCACCUUCGAGCUCAGCAAGAUGAAUCCUCCCAAAUUCGACAAAGCAGAAGAUAUUGCAGAUCUCACCUUUCUCAACGAAGCAAGCGUUGUGCACAACUUGCGGCAGAGAUACUUCAGCUCCCUCAUCUAUACCUACUCCGGCCUCUUCUUGGUCGCUGUCAACCCGUACCACCCGCUACCCAUCUACACCGACGCGAUCGUGGCUGCAUACAAGGGGCGAAGGAGGGAGGAGAAUGCUCCACACGUCUUUGCUCUCGCCGACGGAGCCAUGCGCAAUAUGAUCGACAACCGUGAGAAUCAAAGUCUUCUCAUCACUGGUGAAUCUGGCGCUGGUAAGACCGAGAACACAAAGAAGGUCAUCCAGUACCUCGCCGCCAUUGCUGCAGACCCUGCCGCUCACGGCUCUCAAUCCCCCGCCAACUCUCUUACACCUUCCUCGUCCCGCGAGGUCAUGGACCGAAUCAACGGCGUCGAGCCAGUAACCUCAAAGCGCCUUGGUCUGCUGGAACGCCAGAUUCUGCAAGCAAAUCCCAUCCUCGAGGCCUUUGGUAACGCGCAGACCAUCCGUAACAACAACUCGAGUCGAUUCGGCAAAUUCGUCCGCAUCGAGUUCACGUCCGUGGGCGCCAUCGCUGGUGCCAACAUCGACUGGUACCUCUUGGAGAAGAGCCGAGUCGCCAUCCGAAGCGAGAACGAGCGAAGUUUCCACAUCUUCUACCAGCUGCUUCGUGGCGGCGAGUCGGAGCUCAAACAGAAGCUUUUGCUCACCAGCCUGCCGGACGACUACGCAUACCUCAAGGGAACGCGUAAGGACGUUGAGGGAGUCGAUGACCGAGCCGAAUGGAAGCUGCUGCGUGAGGCCCUCAACACGGUCGGCUUCUCGCCCGAAGAGCAGUUCAACCUCUUCCGUGUCGCUGCAGCCAUCCUACACAUCGGCAACAUCCAGCUCGCAACAGACCGUUCCGAGCAGGCCAGGAUCACCAACAUGCCGCAAAUCGAAAAGAUCUGCCAUGUUCUUGGUCUCCCAGAGCAAGAGUUCUCCAACGCGCUCCUCCGACCGCGCGUCAAGGCAGGCCGAGAGUGGGUCACCUCGUCAAGGACGAUGCGCCAGGUGUCAGAAGAAAUGGCAGCGCUCAGCAAGUUCCUGUACGAGAAAGCCUUCGGCUGGCUCGUCGAACGCAUCAACAAGGCGCUUGACCGCCCCACGAGCAAGAGCAGCUUCAUCGGUGUCCUCGAUAUCGCCGGUUUCGAGAUCUUCGAGGUCAACAGCUUCGAGCAGCUCUGCAUCAACUACACCAACGAGAAGCUCCAGCAGUUCUUCAACCAUCACAUGUUCGUUCUCGAGCAGGAGGAGUACGCUCGCGAGAACAUCGAGUGGGACUUUGUCAACUUUGGACUCGACUUGCAGCCAACCAUCGACCUCAUCGAAUCCACUUCGCCCAUCGGCAUCCUGUCCUGCCUCGACGAGGAGUGCAUCAUGCCCAAGGCUUCCGACACCACCUUUACCGAGAAGCUUUAUCGCACGUGGGGCACCAACAAGGACGGCUCUGCCACAGACGCUGCUGCUGCGGCCGCGGCCGCCGAGAAAGGUCUGGCCCACGGCUCCACCAAGUUUGGACGCACUCGUUUCUCGCAAGGCUUCGUGGUCAAGCACUACGCUGGCGACGUCGAGUACCGCACAGACGGAUGGCUCGACAAGAACAAGGAUCCCCUCAACGACAACCUCACUCGCGUCAUGUCCGAAUCCUCCGACCGCUUCAUCGCUUCACUCUUUGCCGAGUUUGCCGAGGUGGACGAGGAGACCUCGCUGGCUACGGCGCCCAAGCGUCGUGUCAAGCGUGGUGCCUUCCGUACCGUCGGCCAGAGGCACAAGGAACAGCUCAACUCGCUCAUGGGUCAGCUUUCAUCCACUCAACCACACUUUGUCCGCUGCAUCGUCCCCAACUCGGAGAAGAAGCCGGGCAAGAUGGACGUGCCACUGGUGCUGGAACAGCUGCGAUGCAACGGUGUCCUCGAGGGCAUUCGCAUCGCUCGUCUCGGCUAUCCAAAUCGACUCCUGUUCUCCGAGUUCAGGAACCGCUACGAGGUCUUGACGCCAGGCAUCAUCCCACAGGGCUACAUGGAUGGUCGCAAAGCCUGUCAGAGGAUGGUCGAAGCGCUCGAGUUGGACAAGUCCUUGUUCAAGGUCGGAACGUCCAAGAUCUUCUUCAAGGCGGGAGUGCUCGCCGAGAUGGAAGAGCGCCGUGACUCGCAUCUCUACGACAUCUUCAGCCGAUUCGGCGCGGCCUGUCGAAUGUUUACAGCUCGCCGCCAGAUGAAGAAGAUUCUCAACCGGGCAGCGGCUGUGCGAACAGUCCAGCGAAACGCACGUCUCUAUGUGGAGCUCCGCGAAUGGCCAUGGUGGCAGCUGUACACGCGUGUCCGACCACUGCUCACAGCCACAAGACACGAUGAGGAGCUCAAGCGCAAGCAGCUCGAGUUGGCACUGGUCACCGAACGUGCGGAGCGAGACCAGAAGGAGCGAGAGGCGCUCGAGACUCUCAAGUUCCAGCUCGAGGCCGAGAAGCGCAAGAUCGAGGAAGAGCUCGAGUCGGAGCGAAACCUCAUGCUCGACAAGGACCAGCUCCUGGCUCGCUCCAAAGAGCGUGAGUCAGCUCUCGAAGAUGAUCUGGCAGCCUUGCAGGGCGAUGUCGACCUGCUCGAAGGCCAGCUCGAAAAGGCGAUCGCGACACAGCGGGCGACAGAGCAAGCGCAUGCUGAGCUCAAGUCUGCUUUCGACCAAGCUGCUGACCACCUCCUGCGCCUCGAGGCCGAGCAAAAGGCUUGGAAGCAACGAGAGGACACCUUCAUGCGCGAUCUCAGCCAGCACAGCACCAACGCAGAGCAAUAUCGUUCGGAGCGACAAGCUUUUGUUGCCGACCGGGACGACCUGCAACGCAAGCUCCAGGAGAAGGAGCAGGACCUCAAUCGUGCACACAAGCGGAUGCUCGCUGCCGUGCAGGAGGUGGAGAGCAAGCUCAUGGCCGAGGUUCAAGGUCGCGAAGAGGAACAGAAGCGCGCGGUCCAGCUCGAGGAUCAAACCCGCCAGUCGUCGUAUCAGCUCUCCGAGCUGCAGCGCGUCGCUGCAAGCCACGAGUCACGCGUGAAGGACAAGGAGCAGGAGGUCGGCCAGUUACAGAAGCAGAUCUCGAGUCUGUCUCAAGAGCGCGACGUGCUCUCCAAGCAAUUGGGCGACCUCAACGUCAAGCUCAAUAGUUUGACGUUCGAAGCCCAGUCAACACGAGACGAGCACGCCAAGACGACCGAGGCCAAGAUCACCCUGCAACGCGAACUCGAUGAGACGCGACAAUUGAUGGAGGCCAAGAGCUCCGAGGACGUCAAGACCAAGGAGAUCCACCGCAUGAAGGAGCAGGAGCUGCAGACGCUUCGCGAGCAAAUGUCGAGCGUGCAGAAGGAGCUACUGGACUCGAAGCACUCGAGCCUCGAGCAAAUUUCGGCGCUACGUGCAGAGAUUUCAGCGGCGAAGAAGGAGGUCCAGGCUCACGGUGCUGCGCGACAAGACGCUGAAGCCCAGGUGCGGGAAGCCGAAUCGCGAGUCCGCGAGGCUGACGCUAAGGUCGCUGCUGCCGAGAAAGCGAAGCGUGAAGCGGAGGCUUUGCUGCUCGAAGCGCAAAGCAAAUCCGCCGUCAUCAACCGUGGCCUCCAAGACGCGCUCAAAACCAAGGACACGCUCGAAAAACAACUGCAAGCGUCCUUCACCAAGCACCAGGACCUCGAAGACGCCCUGCUCGAGCUCGAACGCCGCGAAACCAACUGGAAGCACAAAGCGGACCAGAUCUCCGUCGAGCUCAGUGCCGAGUCGAAACGACGCGAACUGCUCGAGUCGGCGCACAAGCAGGCUGAGCGCAACGCCAACAGCCUUCAACAGCUCGUCUCUGGCAAGGACAAGGAGAUCAGCGGACUCAAGCACGAACUCACCCUUGCGCAGCAGGAGAUGCGAAAGCUGCAGUCGAUGCAGAACAAGACGAUCGUCGAGCACGUGCAUGUGCUGGAGGAGGCGAAGAAGUACACAGACCGGCAGCUUGCGGAUGCGCAGAGCAAGCUCGGGGAGCUGGCGCAUUAUACGAAGACGUUGGAGAAGAGCAAGGCGCGGUUGGCGAGCGAGAACGAGGAUUUGACGCGGGAGUUGACGCGACUGCAACGCGCCGGUGACGGGGGAAUGGCGGCUUCCGCGUCGGUGAGCAACGGACUGCGAAGUUCUGUUUCGACCUAUGGCAACAUUGCGCCCUCGACGGCUAAGGUCGGGGUCGAUGGGAAGACGACCAAGAAGCUCGAGGACAAGAUUGCGGAGCUGACUGCGUCGUUGCGCCAAGCGGCACAGCAGAGGGACGAAGCGCUCUCCAACGCACGCCGCAAGGAUCUCCAGGCGGACGAACUGGUCAGCCGCACCCGACGACAGUACGAGCAGCACGUCCAGGAACUCGAACGUCAGCUGAAGAACUCGCAGAUCGCGCGCAGCAACACCAUGACCAACCUGGAAGAGCUCGUUCUUGCGGGGCACGGGUCGCCCGUCGUCACCGGUGGCGCCUCCGACGGCCUCCGACACCAGAUCCUCGAUGAGCUCCGACGUGGACACGAGGAGCUCGAGCAGGAUAUUGCAGCCAAGAGCGAUUUGCUUCGCUCGCACAAGGCGCCCCCCGCACAGGCACCGACCAGGGGCUCCAGCAGCUAUUACGUUUAUGACACCAAGCCAGCUAGGAACGGUCAUCCUAGCAAUGGGAGUAGCGGAUCCAGCUCAUCCGCUUCCGAACUCGAGAAGCAUACCGCCACACUCAGGGGUACGGCAGCAAGGAGGAACGGAGACCUCAUCAAUAGUCCCACCAGAAGCGUCCUCACCAUGCGCUAG